GACAUAAAGAGGGAAGUGGCAAGAUUGAGCCUGCCCUCUCGCUUUGCAAGUCAGCAAACUUUAUCAACGAUAAAUAAGUCAUGAGUAUGCCUUUACCACUCAUUUUAAAUGUUUGGGAUUUCAAGACGUAGCGUACAGCUUGUUAAGGAAAACUCAAUUUUUCGUUGUCGACGAAUUGUCCUAGCUUUGAACAUCAUGGCGGACGGCGCGGAAGGCAAGCCGUUUUUGGUGGAGUAUGCUGCGCAGGGAAGAGCUAAAUGCAAAACUUGCAAACAGCAGAUAGAGAAGAGUGUGACUCGAAUUGGAAAGUUGGUGUCGAAUCCAUUCAGCGAGGACGGCGGGAUGAUGAAACAAUGGUACCAUGUUUCUUGCAUUUUCGAUACUUUGUCGCGUGCUAGAGCCACCACGAAGAAAAUUGAAAGUACAGAUGAUUUGGGCGGAUUUGAGAACCUUAAAGACGACGAUCAGUCGAAAAUUUUAAGCCUCAUCAAAGAUCUAGCUGUCAAAAGUUCUGCACCUAAAAAGAAAACUCUGCAAUCUACUCUUGGAUUUGGAAAACCGAAACCCUCCACUCCAUCAAAGAUUACUUCAGCAGAUGGUAAAAAGUCUACAACCAAUGGCAAUGGGAGUCACAGCUCAUCCCCUCUCAAGGGAGAUGCUGAUGACAGCAAAGACAACAGUUUCCGAGAAUUCAGGAGAAUCUGCAUAAAGCUUGCUGAAGAACCAAGUUACAAUAACAAGAGCAAGAUCUUGUCUGACUUCUUUGAAAAGGGGAGCUCUGGAGGUGGAUUUGUAGGAGACUUGAUGCUAUGGGUGAAAAUGCUACUACCUGCAGUCAACAAGAGAGUGUACAACUUGCAAAGCAAACAACUCAUUAAAUUGUACAGUCAGAUUUUUGGAUGUAGCCAAGAUGACAUGAUAACGGACUUAGAACAGGGUGAUGUAUCAGAAACUGUGAGCACAUUUUUUGAGAGUGGCUCAUUGCUAAAACCUCUAAAGAAGAGUUUGAUUUCCUUACAGGAGGUUGAUGCAUUUCUUGACAAACUGAAAACUUUGACGAAGGAAGAGGACCAGCAGAGGGAACUCACCAAAAUGACCAGGAGAUGCUCUGCUAAUGACUUGAAGUUCAUCAUUCGUCAGAUCAAGCAUGACCUGCGAAUGAACACAGGAGCAAAACAUGUUUUAGAUGCACUUGAUCCAAAUGCGUAUGAGGCAUUUCAGGCAUCAAACAACCUCGCAGAUGUUGUACAGCGAUGCCUGCAGAGAAAGGAAACAAAUGCAAGUGUUUUGCCUGGAAUGAGUAAAAAGCUGAGCAUCAAAGCUUCCUUGAUGACACCUGUCAAACCUAUGCUGGCAGAAGCUUGUAAGAGUUUUUCACAGGCAUUGAAGAAAUGUCCCAAUGGAAUGUAUGCAGAGAUUAAAUACGAUGGAGAAAGAGUCCAGGUUCACAAGAGCGGUAAUGAGUUUCAAUUUUUCAGCCGCAGCCUCAAACCUGUCCUUGGACACAAGGUAGCACCCAUAAAAGAUCAUCUUCCAAAAGCCUGUCCUCAUGGCAAUAAUCUCAUAUUGGAUAGUGAGGUGUUACUUGUUGACAAUAAAACAAGCAAACCUCUCCCAUUUGGGACUCUAGGCAUUCAUAAGAAAUCGGCUUUCAAAGAUGCCAGUGUUUGUUUGUUUAUCUUUGAUUGCCUCCAGUUUAAUGAUGAAAACAUGAUGAAAAAGAGCAUGACUGAAAGACGAAAAGUCUUGGAACAAAAUGUUACAGUCAUCCCAAACAAAAUAAUGUUAUCGGAAAUGAAUUUCCUAAAGACAGAAAAAGAGCUCUCAAAGUUGAUGACGCGAGCCAUCAAAGAAGGCCUCGAGGGACUGGUGCUGAAGGAUGUCAAUGGCAUUUAUGAACCAGGAAAAAGGCAUUGGCUCAAGAUGAAGAAGGAUUAUCUGGAGGAAGGUGCCAUGGCAGAUACUGCUGACCUGGUGGUACUUGGGGCCUACUAUGGAACAGGGAACAAAGGUGGAUUGAUGUCGAUUUUUCUAAUGGGAGUCUGGGAUCCAGCCACAAAGCAAUGGUGCACUGUGGCGAAGUGUGGCAAUGGUCAUGACGAUAAAACCAUAGAGCGGCUUAAUAGAGAGCUUAAACUGAAGAAAAUCAGCAAGGACCCUUCUAAGGUUCCUUUCUGGUUGAACAUACACCGAAGUUUAGUUCCUGACUUUGUCGUCGAAGAUCCCAAGAAAUCCCCCGUUUGGGAGAUAACUGGGGCAGAAUUCAGUAAAUCAACGACACACACUGCUGAUGGUAUAUCGAUCAGAUUUCCACGAGUUACACGGAUCAGAGACGACAAAGAUUGGCAAACUGCAAACGAUCUGCCUCAUCUGAAGGUUUUAUUCAAGAACUCGAGAGGUUCAACCAAUGUGGCUGACCUUGAGGAUAAUGACGACGACAAUGACGAUGAUAAUGAUGAUGAUGAUGAUGCAACCGAAGAUGAUAACGAUCCUCCAUCAAAGGACAAGGAGAUAAAAAACGAAAGCCCUUCUAAGGAAUCAAACGAGACAGAAUCAAAAACAAGAAAGAGAAAAGCGCCUGACCGUGAAGAAAAUAGUUCUCCAAGUAAACGGGCGAAGGCAGCCGGCAAGUACGGGUCGAAAUGCUAUCAAAAGAGCGAGGAUCAUUAGCAGAGAUUCAGCCAUCCGGAGAAUGACGAUGGUAAUAAAUGUAGUCCAAGCAAGAACAAGGUACUCUUAA